UUUCACACACAUUUUACCAUAUAGUCUCUAAUAAUCAAGUCUCUUAAUUUAUUUCCACAUUUUUUACACACAUUUUCCCACCAAGUCUCUAAUAAAAAUGUUAAAGAUGUUGACCAUCUUUAUAUAUUUAACCUCUAUCUGUUGCUUUUUUGUCACAUCUCAAAAUGUAUUAUCUCGAGAUAUAUUACCUCAAAAUGUAUCAUCACUAAACACACCACCCCAAGACAUGUCACCUCAGGAUAUAUGGUACAUUUAUGAAGAACCGAUAGAAGGUCUAAAACUACAUGACACUCUCACACUUAAAGAUGGUACUUUGAUGAUUUGGAUGACCCUUGAUGAUGAAGAAGAUCCAUCAUGCAUAUUACCUUAUUUUUAUCUACGAUUGAUAGAAAGAACAGGCCGAAUUACAUACAUAAAUCUUAAUUACACCUUUCCUCUAGAAGCAGUUUGCCCCAUUGAUAUGACUUUUAUACCCUUAAGUUAUAAUUAUAUAAUGGUAAUUUAUGUUAAAUCAAACAAUGGUGUUAAGGGAAAGUAUGGUUUGAUAAUUAAUUAUGACAGCGAGAUAAUAAGUGAAAUCUACUUGGGAGAUGUUAAUGAUGAUAUUAUAAUUAGUGGAAGAUUAGAAAAAGGUUUUAUUCGUAUUGAAGAAUAUG